CGGUAUAUCUGCCCUGGGACGGGAGAGGCCGCAGUGUUGGUUCCCUGGAAGCUGCGUCGCAUUCUUAUCUGUGAGGCAGAAAGUAAAAACGCAAGAAGCACAGACAUGACUUUCCUCCCAGACUUCUCUAUGGCAACGUGGACUCUGCUUGUCCUGCUGCUGACUCUCCUUGCUUAUUAUGCAAUAUGGCCAUAUAGAUUAUUCAAAAGAUAUGGGAUUCCGGGUCCUACCCCCAUUCCAUUUAUUGGAACUUUCCUUGGAAACAGAAAAGGGCUUAUGGAAUUUGAUAUGGAGUGCUUCAAGAAAUAUGGAAAAGUUUGGGGGAUUUAUGAAGGGCAGAAGCCUUUACUUGCUAUAGUGGAUCCUGUGAUAAUUAAAAGUAUCAUGAUCAAGGAGUGUUACAGCAACUUUACCAACAGAAGGGAUUUAGGUUUGACUGGGCCCUUGAAGUCUUCUGUCCUUGUUUCCAAAGAUGAGCAGUGGAAGAGAAUCCGGACAGUGCUUUCACCUACUUUCACAAGUGGAAAAUUAAAACAGAUGUUUCCUCUGAUGAAACACUAUGGAGAGCUGUUGGUGAAGAAUAUCCACAAGAAAAUCGAUAACAAGGAGCCACUAGACAUGAAGCAUAUAUUUGGAAGUUACAGCAUGGAUAUUGUUCUAAGCACAUCAUUUAGCGUCAAUGUGGAUUCCAUGAAUAACCCCAAUGAUCCAUUUGUCACCAACGCCAGGAAUCUCUUCAAAUUCUCUUUUUUUAAUCCCCUGUUUCUGAUUGCAAUUUUAUGUCCAUUCCUUGUUCCACUUUUGGACAAAAUGAACUUCUGCUUUCUUUCUUUGAAAAUCCUAAACUUUUUCAAGGAUGCAGUUGCAAGUAUCAAGAAAAAAAGGCAAAAGGGCACUCAUGAGGAUAGAGUGGAUUUACUUCAGCUUAUGGUUGAUGCACAAAGCAAUGAAGGCGAGUCAGUACCAGAAGAGGAAAAACAUGGAUAUAAAGAGUUGUCAGACACUGAGAUUCUCGCACAGUCACUUAUCUUCAUAAUGGCUGGAUAUGAAACUACAAGCACAACCCUCAUGUUCCUGGCAUAUAACAUAGCAACGCACCCGGAUGUACAGAGAAAACUUGAGGAAGAGAUUGAUGCUUUACUGCCCAACAAGGCACCACCAACCUAUGAUGCACUUAUGAAAAUGGAAUAUAUGGAUAUGGUGAUUAAUGAGACCUUAAGGAUGUUCCCUCCUGCUAUACGAAUUGACAGAGUGUGUAAGAAGACAAUGGAAAUUAAUGGAGUAACUAUCCCAGCUGGAGUUGUAAUUGUGGUACCGCUAUUUGUUUUGCACCUGAAUCCCGAGAUCUGGCCAGAACCAGAAGAAUUCCAACCAGAAAGAUUCAGUAAAGAGAAUCAAAAGAACCAGGACCCAUACAACUUUCUGCCUUUUGGAGUCGGUCCUAGAAACUGCAUAGGAAUGAGAUUUGCCUUAGUUAAUAUGAAACUGGUUCUUACCAUCUUGUUGCAGAAUUUCAGAUUUGAGACAUGCAAAGACACUCCAGUUCCACUGAAAAUUUGUACCGAUGGAUACCUAAAGCCCACAAAACCUAUUAUUCUGAACCUCAUUCCUAAAGCAGGACAGACAGUGGAAGAAUAGAGAAAGGAGCAACCACAUUCAUUCUUUUAGAUGUAAUGGUUGAAAUGGGUAAAUAGGGAUCACAUAUUUUUUUUGCAUUUAUUUCUAAAACCAUGCUCAAAAUAAAGUAACCCGAUGGUGAAACUGAGUAAAGUGCUUUUUGGUGGAAUAUAUUAUUAUGAUUACUGACAAUAUAAGAAUGUACCAAACCAUAAAAGGCCUAAAACAUAUUGAAGCUUCUCCUUCAUAUUCCAGUGAUUGUAAUUAGCAGUUAUACAGAGGCUUCAGUUCAGUUCCCCAGAUGUCAAAGUACUAUAACUCCCAGCAUACACUUUUGCUUUCAGAUCUGGUGUUGUGAAAAUAUUACAGUUUGUAAAAUAAAAAAAUGUGCAUCAAA